AUGGCUGCCUCCGUCACCACCAUCCUGUCGCUUGUCGAUGAAGGCGACCGCCCGUUUGUCAUAGAUCUUCUGCAGGGCAUUGCCACACCCGGGGACGACUUCGAACCCCUCGACCAGCGCUAUAUCAUACUGCCCUCCUUUCGCACUUUCGAUUUCGUUGCCGGACUCAUUCGGGCAGAGUACAAGGCCUGCACGACACUGACCCGCGUCCUCGCACUCCGGCUGCUUGGUGAUGGAGGCGACAUAGCCGUAGCACCCGUCAAACAACUGUGCCGAGAGCUUGAAGGCUUGUACCUGGUGGAUAGGGUCGCUCAGACCUUUGGAAUGGCCUGGAAAGUCGAUGUUGCACAUAUAGCCAUACUCAGUGACUGUUUCGAGCGCAUUGAGAUGAGUCCUCGUCGUGAUGUUCAGGCUGCCGGGCGAGACUGUGUGGACCAAUACAUCAAGGUCCUCGACGCAAAGCAGAGACAAGACGUUCUUGGGCGGCAACACGAUUAUCGAACCAGUAUCAUUGAGGUGCACCGUCAGUACCUUCUGAUGGACCCAGGGGACGCACUUGGCCGCGCACGAGCCGCCGUUGCAGAUGCUCAUCGACUUCUUGCCGCAAACACACCUGGGCAAGACAACACGAACGCAGACGCCCCAGCCGAGGACCGCCCACUCGAAGAGAUGACUGAAGCCGUCCGCCAGCGCAUCCGCCUUGUCCAGAUCCGCCGCCUGUACCCACCGGCCUAUCACGAAGUGCUCCACAACCACGCCGAGGGCGAAGUAUUUUCCCGCCGCUUGUACCAUGCGCCGCCCAUCGACGAAGCUGCGCUUGCAGCCGAGGAAGAGGAGGAAAGAGCAGCACGCGAGGCGAUGAACGAGGAGUGA